AUGAGUUUACAGUACAAGAAAUUUUUAUUAUUUGGUGAUUCAAUUACUGAAUUUUCAUUCAAUUCAGGAAUGGUUGAAGAUGUUGAAUCAUUUUCAUUUGGUUCAGCAUUAACCAAUGUCUAUACUAGGAAAAUGGAUAUUAUGCAAAGAGGGUUCUCUGGGUAUAAUUCUAGAUGGGCCUUAAAAAUUUUACCUAAGAUUCUUGAAACAGAAGCUAAUUCUAACAUUGCUAUGGGAUUCAUCUUUUUUGGUGCUAAUGAUUCAUGUCUAGGUGGUCAUCAAAGGGUUCCUCUUGAAGAAUUUGUAGAAAACAUUACAAAGCUGGUUCAAAUGAUGAAAUCAAGUGGGAUCAAGACCAUUUUGAUCGGUCCAGGACUAUACGACAAGGAGAAAUGGGAAUCCAUAAAACCAGAUGAUAUAGCUGAAGGCCGUGUACGUUCACAAGAAGAAUUUAAGAAAUAUUCAGAUGCAGGAGAAGCCAUUGCCAAAGCUGAAAAUGUACCAUUUGUAAAUUUAAACAAAGCUUUUAGAGAACAAGGUGGAGACAAAUGGCAAGAUUUAAUGAUGGACGGUAUCCAUUUUUCAGGUAAAGGUAGUUUAAUAUUCUACAAUGAAUUGUUAAAGACAAUUCGUGAAAAUUAUCCAGAAUACGCACCAGAAAAUAUAGAAUACAAAUUACCAAAUUGGAGUGAUGUUAAACCAGAUGGAUCCAAUAUCAACUAG